AUGAGUCUCGACACGGAUUUUCUGAAGCACGUCGAAGUACAAGAGGACGAUAUGCACGGCGCAGUGUUGGUAGCAGUGACCCCAAUAUCAUCGGGACGGAAUAUUGGAGUUAUUGACAAGAGCACCCCGAACAAUUCCAACGAGAUACUCCUGCUCAACUUGAUAAAAGAAGCCGAUGUUGGAGAGGACGCAAACAUAUGUAUGACACAGGUUGAAUAUAAAGUAAGCCAAUUUUUGGGUGGAAAAUUCAAAAUGAAGUAUUUCCAGACACAUUUCAAAACAAGCAAAUUAAUCGAUAUUGGAGAGAGGUUACUGCUUCAGCGGUUGUCUGAAGAUGAGUGUGAUGAGGAGGAUAAUGACGAUUUGGAGAAUUUGUUAAGGCUAAAAGAGGAUGAUAGACCCGGGAGUGCUCAAAGUUUCAACAAGUCGAGCAGCGAGGAAGCAAGUCUCACUGCCAUCGACGAGUACGUGCGGGAGCAAGGAGAAAUCGCUCCUGAUCAAUCGCCAUCCGACGGUGCACACAAGUGUGGAGUUUGUCCAAAAAGUUUCAGCAGUGCAAGCGGUCUCAAGCAACACUCUCACAUCCACUGCUCUCUGAAACCGUUUCGCUGCCACCUGUGCUCCAAGUCCUAUACACAAUUUUCCAACUUGUGUCGUCAUCGACGAGUUCAUUCGGAAGGCUACACUUGCUCCACCUGCAACACAGCUAUGCCAUCCCAGGCAGCUCUGACGAAGCACCGACCGAUUUGUGAAGUGACCAAUAUGUAUAAGCCAUUGAUGGCUCAGUUCGCCGGGCUUACUGUACCUAGUGGUAUGGGAGCCAUGGCCCAGUGUUGGCCACAGUUCAUGCAGAUGGCUGCUCAGGUACCACACUUCCCACUGCUCCUUGCCAAUUCUGAUUUCUUCAAAGUGAUGCAACAACAACAACAGAAUCAACCUUGCGCUUCUCCAGACGCCGAGUGUUCGUCGAGCGGUCAUGCCAGCGAAUCAUCUCCCACCACAACCGAGCCAGUGGACCUUUCAGCCACCCCGAAGCCCCCAUCCACUUCAGAAGUAGAGUCAAAAUCUGACGAUGGAGAGGACCGGGACAGCAUUGGAGAUUCUGGAAACGACGAUGACGAUGAUUCAGAAAGUGGAGUGAUUGAUGAGCUCAUCGCAUCUUCAUCCUCAAAAAAAUCCAACCCACACUCGAUCACAGCCAUUCUCUCAGCAUCUCAACCACAACCAUCGUUGAACCCAGCACAACUUUUGGCCAUGUUUCAGAGACCAUUCGGAUAUAAUCCAUCUAUGUCCAAUGGUCACGCUUUCCUGGGAGCUAUGAAUGGAGGACACAAAUCUUCAUCAAGCCCAAGUUCAAAUGGUUUGGGAAAGGACAAGUACACCUGCAAGUUCUGUCAGAAGGUUUUCCCAAGAUCUGCCAAUUUAACCCGGCAUUUGAGAACACAUACAGGAGAGCAACCGUAUAAGUGCCAGUACUGUGAACGGAGCUUCUCAAUCUCCUCAAACCUUCAACGCCACGUGAGGAACAUUCACAAUAAGGUGAGCAAUACUAACCCUUUCCGAACACUUCUCAUCAUCGUCAAAACUCGAGAAGUCUGCACCAUUUGGUCUCAACACCUACUACUACUACCUCUGCCAAUACUACUCCAUCCAUUCUUCUCCAUCACCAUCUUCCAGGAACGUCCGUUCCGGUGCCGAAAGUGUGAGCGUUGCUUCGGCCAGCAAACCAAUCUCGACCGGCACCUCAAAAAGCACGAGAUGUUGUUGCAGCAAAGAGCAGAUCCUUAUCUUCCUGAUAUUCCGCAACUUGCUGCCGCGCUUUCAAGAAUCGUUUAG